AUAAGAAGACAAAAUACGGUGGUGUGACUUAGUCAUGUUAUGAAACUUGCAGUAGUAUUUGUCUCCUGCUCUUAUGAAGUUGUAAUGUUCUCAACUGUGUCUCCAGUUUGGGGGAAAUCCUGAAGAUGGCCAAAGACGACUCCACCAUUCGUUGCUUCCAGGGCUUGCUGAUUUUUGGAAAUGUGAUUUUUGGUAUGUGUGGCAUCGCCCUGACCGCAGAGUGCAUCUUCUUUGUAUCCGACCAACACAGCCUCUACCCGCUGCUUGAAGCCACCGACAAUGAUGACAUCUAUGGGGCAGCCUGGAUCGGCAUGUUUGUUGGCAUCUGCCUCUUCUGUCUGUCCGUUCUAGGCAUUGUAGGCAUCAUGAAGUCCAGUAGGAAACUCCUUCUGGCGUAUUUCAUUCUGAUGUUCAUUGUCUAUGGCUUUGAAGUGGCCUCGUGUAUCACAGCAGCAACACAACGAGACUUCUUCACACCCAACCUCUUCCUGAAGCAGAUGCUGGAGAGAUACCAAAACAACAGCCCUCCAAACAACGAUGACCAGUGGAAAAACAACGGAGUCACCAAAACCUGGGACAGGCUUAUGCUCCAGGACAGUUGCUGUGGUGUGAACGGCCCAUCCGACUGGCAGAAAUACACGUCUGCCUUCCGGACUGAGAACAACGACGCCGACUACCCCUGGCCUCGCCAGUGCUGUGUCAUGAACAAGCUGAAGGAGCCCCUCAACCUGGACGCCUGCAAGCUGGGGGUGCCGGGGUAUUACCACGGCCAGGGCUGCUACGACCUGAUCUCGGGACCAAUGAACCGGCAUGCCUGGGGGGUUGCCUGGUUUGGAUUUGCCAUUCUCUGCUGGACUUUUUGGGUUCUCCUGGGUACCAUGUUCUACUGGAGCAGAAUCGAGUAUUAAGAAUACAGUGUCUCUGCGGUCCCACCUUCCCCCAGGGACUCUGGAUUUGGCGCUGGACUGCUCUCCUACUCUUCGCGCUGACCCACAGGAACGCGCGUUCUCACUCAAGUUGCCGGGUCAGCGGGUCUGGAGCUCCUUCAGGCUCCCAGGCUCCUGGAAUUCUCACCAGUUGCGUUUUCACCCAGGUCUAGGAUUCUGCAACAUUUUUACUGACUAUAAGGGAGGGAGAAUUUGGAAAGUAGGUAAUAACUAUUUUCACCCUGGUUUAUUUUUUAAUUUGGGAGCAUAAAGACAUUCAUAGGAACCUGUGCUAUCACAGCUAGCCAAAUCUGUAUUUGGACAGCAAAUCUGCCUGUAUUUCUCACUACUUUCUAAAAGACCCCUUUGAAGGCUUUCAUUCAUCUCAGUACUGUCCAUGUGAAAGAACUAAGGAAAAGGGGCCGAGAUACAUCUUUUGCCUUUUGUUCUGGGGUGGCUUCCAUAUACGGAGACUCAGGUGGUUCUUUUAAUGCCACCUGCGGGUCCUUUUACUCUCCAGGGCAAUGCCCAAUCUUGAGUUAACAGUGGCUGAAAUUUCCUCUCGUACAUUGUAGAGUGAUAUGUGUUUGGUGACCUCAACCUCCCAUUAAUUAAACGUAUGUGAACUUUUGGGGACAAAGUUGUUGCCUGUUAUACAUAUUUACCAGUCUCUACUGGAAACACCUUUCAAAUAAAGGAGAAGCAACCAGCUAUUAGAGGGGUGGUUUAUGGUGAUUUCUGUUUACUAUCAAAAUAUUUCCCUUCUGAGCUAUGUUUCCAUUUGUGGCCCUGAAGGAAGUUCAUACAACUCACCAUCUGUCUUAUAAAUAAAAAGGGCUUUUAACUAUG